UUGCGGGCGCGGGGCCGGCAGGUCCGGGGGCAGCUCCGGGAGCUCGAGGCCGAGGAGUCCGACCUGGAGCAGAGGUUCUACCUGGGGGCCCUGCAGCUGCCCAACUGCACCCACCCCGCUGUGCCCGUCGGGGACCAGAGCCAGGCCCGGGUGCUGGAGGUGGUUGGGGAGAAACCAGUGUUUGAUUUCAAACCAAAGGGACACCUGGAGCUGGGGGAGGGGCUGGACAUCAUCCGGCAAAGGCGCCUGUCCCACGUGUCGGGCCAUCGCUCCUAUUACCUGUGUGGGGCCGGGGCGCUGCUGCAACACGCGCUCGUCGCCUUCACCUUGGGGAAGCUGUUGUCCAAGGGUUUCCUGCCCAUGACGGUCCCUGACCUGCUCCGAGGCGCCGUUUUUGAGGGCUGUGGGGUGCAGCUCAGUGCCACCCCCUCGCCUGUUUACACCAUCGACCCGUCGCGCUUUGAGGACCUUUGCCUGGCUGGGACCUCGGAGGUGGGAAUUGCAGGGUAUUUCAUGGACCACGCGGUGCAGCUGCAGAACCUGCCCAUCAGGGUCGUCUGUUCCAGCACCUGCUACCGCGCCGAGACCGACACGGGGCGGGAGCCGUGGGGGCUCUACCGUGUCCACCAGUUCACCAAGGUGGAGAUGUUCGGGGUGACGGCGACGGAGCGCGGGACGGAGAGCGAGGAGCUGCUGGCCGAGUUCCUGGGACUGCAGAAGGAAAUCUUCUCAGAGCUGGGGCUCCAUUACCGGGUCCUGGACAUGCCCACGGAGGAGUUGGGGCUCCCCGCAUACCGCAAGUUCGACAUCGAGGCCUGGAUGCCUGGACGGGGCAAAUACGGGGAGAUCUCCAGUGCCUCCAACUGCACCGACUACCAGAAGCGGAUUUUCUCUUCUCUCGUCCCCAAAUGUGAGAAGUGCCAGGGCCUGGUGAAACCUGUCGGACUUCCAGAAAGUUGA